CUAGAGCAUCUCCUUUUUCUACUCCAAUUACAACAUUGUACAGAGCGCCUAACGAGACUGUGUUGUUCACGUUCUCAAUGAUUGCUUAUCCUAAACCAACUUCACAAGACGUCGUUUGGUACAAGCGAGAUGAUGGCAGUUGGAGGAUUUUAUCAGAUGACACCAACGUCCUGAUAACAAUCUCUGAUGAUAGUAUGCAGACACAGCUUGAGAUAUUCCAUGUGCAACGUGCAGAUUACACCGAAUACAUGGUGAACGUUUCUAACAAAUUGGGUUCAACAGUGGAAGUGUUUACUUUAAAAGCGCAGUCAAAACCGGAAAUUCCGAAGGAACUGCAAGUAAGCAAAACAGGACAAACGGAACUGACUAUCAAAUGGACCCCUGGUUUUAAUGGCGGAGAGAGUCAAACAUUUACUGUAAGGUACAAAGCAUUAGGGGAUGGAAGCUGGAUUGUUAUUCCCAUAAACAUUCCUCACUAUAUUUGGACAAUCGAUAGUUUAAUUUCUGGAACGACAUACCAAAUUCAAAUGAUGGCACUAAACAAAAUAGGAAAGUCGGAUUGGACACACGAAAUAAACGUAACUACUCUACUUGAUACAGGAAACAGUGGCUCUUCAACAUCGGCUCUUGGUGGAAUAGUAGGUGGAAUAUUUGGAGUACUUGUCGCUAUUUCCGUGUUCGUCCUGAUUUUGAAAUACAGAUUGAAUGGGCUAAACACAACAAAACAAUGCCUAGCGAAUAGUAACUCGAAAUAUGAAGAUCUGGUUGAAGGACAGGGAAACAGCGACGCCCCAACAACAGAUGGAAUUUAUGAAACCUGUAGAAUCGACUCAUCAAAUGCCCGUCAUGCCAAUCAGUACGAAACACUUGCAGAGUUUGACAGCCGAGAAUAUUCAACGAUUUCGGCCUAUAGUUAUCAACAAGAAAACACUACUUCUACAAAAAUGUCCGCAUCAGGACAAACUUACGAGCCAACGAAAGAUUCGGAAUACGUUAAUUUACAGCUGUUUACUCACUGACUUUGUCGCAUUUGGUUCAUUGUCAUUGUAUAUGGAUAAUGCGUUUUAAUCUCGGAUUGGAACACUUUUUGUAUAAACAUUUGAAUGUAUUGUUUAAAAUCGAUAGUACAAAUUGAUUGUAUGUGUUAUAUUCACAGCAAAUGUUUGUUUAGUACUUUCCUGCAUUUUAUAAGCAAAUACCCACUUGUUAUGUUGUUUCUAUAGUGUUUGUUUAACUGACGUAUAUGUAUUUUUUUAAUUAUUUGAAGUGCCACCCUUUAUUUAGUUUCAUGUACAUUUCUAUACGAGGACAUACUUUUUAAAAUGCAAGAUAAACAUAAACGGAAAUAUCUCUCUUAGGGGAAUUAAUGGUUAAGUAUAAACCAGUGCACCUGGUAUUACUAUAUGUAAUUAGAAUGUUUUAAGCAUCGAUGUUGUACAAUUUCUCGUUGUAUAUGAAACUCGUCUAUGUUAUCUUUUCAAAUUUAUGCUUGUGUGCGUGUUUAUACAAAACUAAUUAUUAUAUAGGAUUGUCAAAUAAAAUAAUGAUAAUG